GUUGGGGACCGUAGGCGCGAGUGUCAAGGCGUUUUCACUAUUGGUAAACGCUCAUUUUCCCCAAUUAAAAUGUCCGACAAGGCUCCCGUCACCGUCCGCACGCGCAAGUUCCUCCGCAACGCGCUCCUCGCGCGUCGCCAGAUGCUCGUCGACGUCCUCCACCCGGGCCGCGCCAACGUCCCCAAGGCCGAGCUCCAGGAGAAGAUCGCCAAGAUGUACAAGAUCGCCGACACCAACACGGUCUUCCUCUACGGCUUCCGCACGGCCUUCGGCGGUGGCAAGUCGUCGGGCUUCUGCCUCAUCUACGACACGGUCAACGAUGCCAAGAAGUUCGAGCCCAAGUACCGCCUCAUCCGCCAAGGCCUCAAGGACAAGGUCGAGACCUCGCGCAAGCAGAUCAAGGAGUCGAAGAACCGCGGCAAGAAGGUCCGUGGUGUCGGCCGCCGUAUCGCUCGCCACAAGGCCGCCAAGGCCAACAAGUAAGCGUUCGUUUGAUCCGAUUCGCUACCUGGGGAGCCCGAUCGUUUACUGUUGGGAGCGUUGCCGCGGUAUGCUCACUUGUGUCAUUCUAUCGUAUUUGAUAACAUGAUGUGGUCGACCGCAGUGACAACCUA